AUGGAGGUUCAGAUCAUAUCUAGAAAGCAAAUAAAACCUUCUGUGAAAACUCCUCCACACCUUCAGAAUCUGAAAAUCUCAUUUUUCGAUCAGCUUGCUCCUUCAGAGCAUUUCCCCAUCAUUUUCUACUAUCCCAACCACCACCAUGAAAUCACCAAAACCAUCGACCAACUAGAGAAGUCAUUAUCAGAAACAUUAACACUCUUUUACCCUCUAGCCGGAAGAUACAUCAAAGAUAAUCUCUCGGUUGAUUGUAAAGAUGAAGGAGUGGACUUCUUGGAAGCCAAAGUUGAUGGAGUAGACCUCACUCAAAUUCUCCAACAAGAGCCCAACAGUAAUCUUGAGCUGCUGGCUCACUUUGUUCCUUACGUAACUGAAUCAGACACUAGUCCUUUAUUAGCCAUCCAAAUUAACGAGUUUAAGUGUGGAGGUUUAGCGAUUGGUUUGUUCAAUUCGCACAGGAUAUUUGAUGGGCCGACCGUCUCCACAUUCAUCAAUGCAUGGGCAACAACAUUCCGAGAAGGUGGGAUAAGUGAUCGAGUUCCUCGUCCAAGCUUUGAUUUGCCGUUUCUCUUCCCACAAAGAGACUUAUGUCUCAAGCUUCCACCUCCACCAAAAGUUCAACUUAAGAUUGUAACCAAAGUAUUUGUGUUUAACAAGGAAGCAAUAAACAAGCUGAAAUCUAAAAUCAGUGGUGGUGCCAAUUCCGGGGUCAAGUACCAUCCUUCGCGCUUGGAGGUGGUCACAACAAUUUUGUGGAAGGCUCUCAUUGGUGCGGUGAAAGCACAAAACGGACACUUGAGGGCAUCUUCACUGCGUCAGAUAAUGACCUUGAGAGCAAAGGUGAGUAUGCCUUUACCAGAAGAGGCUUGUGGAAACAUGUAUAUGCCUUUCAUGUCCAGAUUCAAUGCAAAUGAUGGGAGCAACAAGCUAGAGUUGAGUGACAUUGCGAGCCUGCUGAGGGAUGCUAAGAGGAAAGCAAUUUCAGAUUGCAAAAAUGCAGUAAGCAGUAAUGAAGUGUUUUUAAUGGUAACAAAUUCCCAUAGAGAGUUGUGUGAAGAAUUGAACAAGGGCGAGGUAGAUACAUAUAAGUUUACAAGCUGGUGCAGGAUGGGCCUGGAUGAAGCAAACUUUGGCUGGGGAAAGCCUGCAUGGGUGAGUAGUGUGCAUUCGACGACAGAAAUUAUUAGUACUCUGAAGGAAAACAAAUCUGGAGACGGAAUUGAGGCAUGGAUGAACUUAACGGAGAUAGACAUGCAUCACUUCCAACAGGAUCCGGACAUCUUAGCCUUGACUUCCUCGCACGAUUAG